CGGGCCCGCCUCCUCCGGGCGAGGGAGUCCGCUCCUAACUUUGUUUAUGGGACAGUCCGGGAGCCGCGGCGGCCGCGCUGUCUGCGUCUCCUCCGCCUCCUGCCGCGCAGCGCGAGCGCCGGGGGCCGGUGCGGGGCAUGUGAGACGCCGGGCCCCGAGUCGGGAUCUGCCAGCCCGGCCCCGGCCACAGCCCCGCCAGCCCGGGAGGCGCCCGAGCCACUGAGGCCCGACGGCGAGCGCGCCCCGACUCGGCCCCGCCGCGCGCCCAGAAGAUGAAUCCGGCCUCGGUGCCCCCUGCGCUCCCGCCCCCCGGGCAGCAAGUGAUCCACGUCACGCAGGACCUCGACACGGACCUCGAAGCCCUCUUCAACUCGGUCAUGAACCCCAAGCCCAGCUCGUGGCGGAAGAAGAUCCUGCCCGAGUCCUUCUUCAAGGAGCCCGACUCCGGCUCGCACUCGCGCCAGUCGAGCACCGACUCGUCGGGCGGCCACGCGGGGCCCCGGCUGGCCAGCGGCGCCCAGCACGUCCGCUCGCACUCGUCGCCCGCGUCCCUGCAGCUGGGCCCGGGCGCGGGGGCCGCGGGCAGCCCCGCGCAGCAGCACGCGCACCUCCGCCAGCAGUCGUACGACGUGACCGACGAGCUGCCGCUGCCCCCGGGCUGGGAGAUGACCUUCACGGCCACUGGCCAGAGGUACUUCCUCAAUCACAUAGAAAAAAUCACCACAUGGCAAGACCCUAGGAAGGCGAUGAAUCAGUCCCUGAAUCCUAUGAACCUCCACCCUGCUGCCACUUCCACCCCAGCAUCCCAGAGGUCCAUGGCCGUGUCGCAGCCGAAUCUCGGGCCUGCUUUUCAAGACAAGAUGGAAAAUCUUGUCUGUGCUCAGUUUGUGAUGAAUCACCAGCACCAGCAGCAAAUGGCACCCACUAACCUGAGCCAGCAGAACCACCCUACCCAGAACCCACCAGCAGGGCUCAUGAGCAUGCCCAAUGCUCUGACCACUCAACAGCAGCAGCAGCAGAAGCUCCGGCUUCAGAGGAUCCAGAUGGAGAGAGAGCGGAUCAGAAUGCGUCAAGAGGAGCUCAUGAGGCAGGAAGCCGCCCUCUGUAGACAGCUCCCCAUGGAAGCCGAGACUCUGGCCACCGUUCAGGCUGCUGUCAACCCGCCAGCCAUGACCCCAGACAUGAGAUCCAUCACUAAUAAUAGCUCUGAUCCUUUCCUCAAUGGGGGGCCCUAUCACUCAAGGGAGCAGAGCACUGACAGUGGCCUGGGGUUAGGGUGCUACAGUGUCCCGACGACUCCAGAGGACUUCCUCAGCAACGUGGACGAGAUGGACACAGGAGAAAACGCAGGACAGACACCCAUGAACAUCAAUCCUCAGCAGACCCGUUUCCCGGAUUUUCUUGAUUGUCUCCCGGGAACAAAUGUUGACCUAGGAACUUUGGAAUCUGAAGAUCUGAUCCCCCUCUUCAAUGAUGUAGAGUCUGCUCUGAACAAAAGCGAGCCCUUUCUAACCUGGCUGUAAUCAAUACCAUUGUAACGUGGAUGCAGCCGUGACCUGACAUUUCCUGGGCCUCUUGGAAAAAGCAAUGGAGCAGAGUAAGUCUGCAGGUGUACCACUUUCUGCCUCCAUGACUCAAUGCUCCCUCCUUUCCAUGCGGCCAGUUUAAUCAUUGCCUGGAUUUGAUUGACAGUAACUUAAGUUAAACGCAAAUGAAUGCUCUAUUUUCAUUUUCUUCAGGCCUGCAUCCCUGUGAUGGGCUAUAUGCAAGAAUUGCUUCUGCAGAACUGAGAAUGCAGAAUUGCUUCUCUGUUUUUCUCUCUGCUGCCCCAUAACUAAGCUUUAGGGGUGUUAGUUGAAAUUUGUGCAUCCAUUGAUUAUAAACCAUAAAAAGCCGACCACAGGCAGUGACUUGUGACAGGCAGCUCGGUCCAGGAAAUGUACAUGAAAUUAGACCUGAUUUUCAGUUUUAAAAACUGUAUUAAUGACAGUAGUACCAAAUGCUUUAAAAAUAUUUAACGUGAGCUUUAAAAAUCAUUGUAUGGAUAGUAAAUCUCUGCUGUAUGGAAUACAAUGUAGUUUUGAAUCCAUGCUGGUUCUGAUGGUUCUUUUACUCUGUAUCUGCAAAGGCACACAUGGUCUAUUGUAGUUUGGCCUUCCUCAUUACUUUACUGCGUAGUGUCUAGACAACUCUUCCUUCCAGCAGGAGAGGAGCAGGAACCUGAGUCACAGUUCCUACACUUACAGAUCUUAUGAAAGAGACCAGUUUGGUACUAAUUAUGAGCAUUUGUUAAACAAAACUUUUAUUUUUUAAUUACAAGUUGGAUUUUUUCAAAAAAUUGCAGCUUAGAGUUUGAUGUUUAUUUUAUAAAGCUUUGUAGCUGAUGACAAAGGGCAGCCAAAUAUUUUUGAUCAAUCAGUGGCAACUGUAUUUUUGUCUUUUGAAAACUGUUCUGAAAACAUCAGGACAACAUAGCUUCCAGCCUGACAGCACACACAGUAAACUGUUGCUUUUUAAAUGCUGAAGCCUUAUCAGUUUUGCUUUCCAGAUUUCAAGUGUUUAAAAUACUCUUAUCUAUGAAACUGAAGGAUGAAGCAGAUCUCUGACUGACGUUUAAAAAAAAAAAAAACCCUCUGAGGGGUGUAUGGUGGAGACACGUGUUUCUGAAUUCAGCAAAAUUGAUUCCUAAGUAUGUUAUCCUAACCGUGUUUGCUACAGUUGGUAUAAAAAGGCAUGAAAUAUGUACUCAAUACCUCUUAUGUAACCAAAAACAUUUUUUUUUUAUUAGCUUUUAAGGACUGAGAGAGAGCAUCAGGUUCCCCCAGGCAUGCAACUCUGUCUGCAUUGCCAAUGAAGUCCUCGAUUGUUUAAUAUUUUGAACUGACAUUAUUUAUAAUCUAUGAAUUUAAUAUCUUUUUGGAAAGACAUGAAUAGUUCAGGUCUCUGAGAGGAACCUUCAAUUCCCAAGGGGGCUUAGAUCUAUUGGGGAAUCCUAAGUAAGAUCCUCUUCAAUCUACCAGAACAUAGACAGGCAGAAAAUAUUUUUAAUCUUGUUGGAAAGAAGGCAAGUGAAAAGGUCAGAGAUGAGGUAGUCAAGUCACGGUAUGCAGUGGAAGGAUACUAGUUGUGAAAUGGAAACAGACAAGUGAUAGUCCCCCACAAGCAAGACAAGCAGGAGGUAGGAGAGGUGCCCAAAAGAACAAAGCAACAAGUUCCUACAACUUUUAUACCAAAAGACUGUUGUGGAAGAAAGGGCUUUGGUGCACUUUAUAUGGAAGAAGGGAGGGGCAGGGCUGGUGUUGCCCUGAGCAUGUCUGUGGACAAGAGCAUAAGCCUGCUGUUGCUUCCAACACAAUGAAGUGAUUUUUUUUUUUUCCUGAAGGACCCAUAGUUUCUGUUCCUGACUCCUUUUCUCUCCCUGAGCGCUCUGAGAGAGAGGGGGGUGGAUGUUUAUGUUGCUACUAAAUUGAAGGGAGCACUAUUUCUUUUUCUCUUUUAUGAGCAAUAAUUGCAAAAAGAGUUGUACAUUCUUUCUAAGAAAAACAAAAAACAAGGGACCUAACAAAACUGAGCAGUGUUACUGUAUUUUUUAAAAAUAUUUUUAUAGACUCCUUUUCAGGUUAUUAAGUGUAAAAGAAACGGAUACCCCUCUUUUUUUAAAGUAGCUAAAACAUCGGUGAUUUGUAUUAUCAAUUUUUAGAAGUAAUUUCCUAGUAAGCUUGUGGCAUUAGAAAAUACUAGAAGAUUUUUUUUUAGUGAAAUUAGUUGAAACAUUUAUUAAUGAACAUAACAAAUAUUUUUCCAGAAUUGAAUAUGAACCAUGACUGCGUGUUUACUAAUAGACAAAGCCAGAUGUAAUUUUUUUGUUUUGUUUUUAAGGCCAAUAAAAUAAUGGCCUUCAUUAAAGAACACUAAAGCUAGAAAUCUAAAAGUAAGAACAACUUUUUAAAGGUUUUUUUUUUUUUCCUAUCAUUGUAAGUGUUAAGAGCCCUACAGAAUCCAUGAUAAGGUGCUAUUUAUAUUUCUUAUUAGAAUAAGAACUGCCAGCAUAUCUAGUCUUCUUAGUCCUCCAUCAGUAAAUGUCAACAUUUCAUCCAUUUGCUGUGCCACAGAAAAGGCAUAUUAAAAAUUUGAAGUGGAAAACUCAUUGCCGAGAUCUUUCUUACAUGGUAUUGUUUUCCUGAUAAAACAAUUUUCUUGAAGUGAAUACAUCGUCAAAACCGAUUUGCAAUUCUCCUAAACCCGAGGAAUUGUUCGUGUUUCACCGGAAUAUUUAGGAUGUGAAAGGCAGUUUCUUUCACUGAUGGGACAACAGGUGGGAAGCGCACAAAGCCUGUAGCGUCCCAGGCCUGAUAGAAGCGCUCUCUGUGGAAGACAGUGAGAGAAGUGUUGCUAAUUUUAAGUGGUGUUCUUAUGACAUGAUUAGAAAGUAACUUCUAAAGGACAACUUUUAUGGAAAAAAUAAGCUGUUAAAAAAAAAAGGAAAUGUAGAUUAAUUUAAUUGGGGAAAAUGGGCGAUUGAUGGAGACCGUUUCCCUAACACACUACAUCAUUUAUGUGCUAGUACUUUAACUUUUUAAGAAAAUGUACUUCUACGUUUUGUACUCUGACAUAUGUGUGUUUAUUUUUUAAUUGAGAAUGCUCUGCCUCCAGAAGGCAUGCAGCCAAAUCAAUCCUAUCAAACCAUUUUACCUGGAGUUUGGUACUGGUUUUUACUUCUCUGAUUCUGUAUAAGAAAAAUAAAUACAAUUGAAUUUCCACUUGGA